AGACCUGAAAGUGGCACAUGGCAGAGUGUGGCGAUGGAGACAGCAGCAAUGGGAGGCCGUACAGCACCCUAUGUCAAAAAAUUCAACACACCAGCAGUGUGAGGAGACCUGAAAGUGGCACAUGGCAGAGUGUGGCGAUGGAGACAGCAGCAAUGGGAGGCCGUACAGGGACCCAUGAGAGACUCUGGACCUGGCAGCAGCAUGAGGAGGCGGUAUAUAGGGGCCCAUGGCAGAUUAGGGGCCUGGCAGCAGCUAUGGGAGGCCCGUAAUCUGCCAGCACCCUAUGACAAAAAAUGGAACACACCAGCAGUGUGUGAGGAGACCUGAAAGUGGCACAU